GCGCUGGCCAGGGGUUCCGGCUGCAUUUCUAGGAGCGCAGCCGGCGGCGGCGGGCGGAGCUGAGGGGAAUCGGACUUGGGGCGAAGCUGGGCCACGGUCGUCAACCGAGCACAGCUUGUAGGUUAAUUUGAAUAAGAGAUCUGACCUGGUCAGCCCACCUGGACCUCUCUUCAAGGAAAAUUUGUGUUCUCGCUGAGAGGAGUUAAGUGAACCAGAUCAAGAUGAAUGCUAUGCUGGAGACCCCCGAGCUCCCGGCUGUGUUUGAUGGGGUGAAGCUGGCUGCCGUGGCCGCCGUGCUGUAUGUGAUCGUCCGCUGUUUGAACCUGAAGAGCCCCACCGCCCCACCUGACCUCUACUUCCAGGACUCAGGGCUCUCGCGGUUUCUGCUCAAGUCUUGUCCUCUUCUAACCAAAGAAUACAUUCCACCAUUGAUCUGGGGGAAGAGUGGACACAUCCAGACGGCCCUGUAUGGGAAGAUGGGGAGGGUGAGGUCACCACAUCCUUAUGGACACCGCAAGUUCAUCACCAUGUCUGAUGGGGCCACAUCUACAUUCGACCUCUUUGAGCCCUUGGCUGAGCACUGUAUCGGAGACGAUGUCACCAUGGUCAUCUGCCCUGGAAUUGCCAAUCACAGUGAGAAGCAGUACAUCCGCACCUUCGUGGACUACGCCCAGAAAAACGGCUAUCGGUGUGCGGUGCUCAACCAUCUGGGAGCCCUGCCCAACAUCGAGCUAACCUCGCCACGCAUGUUCACCUAUGGCUGCACAUGGGAGUUCGGAGCCAUGGUGAACUACAUCAGGAAGAUGUAUCCUCUGACCCAGCUCGUCGUGGUGGGUUUCAGCCUGGGGGGCAACAUUGUGUGCAAAUACUUGGGGGAGACCCAGGCAAACCAAGAGAAGGUUCUGUGCUGCGUCAGCGUGUGCCAGGGGUACAGUGCACUGAGGGCCCAGGAGACCUUCAUGCAGUGGGACCAGUGCCGGCGCUUCUACAACUUCCUCAUGGCCGACAACAUGAAGAAGAUCAUCCUCUCGCACAGACAAGCUCUUUUUGGAGACCAUGUGAAGAAACCCCAGAGCCUGGAGGACACAGACUUGAGCCGGCUCUACACAGCCACGUCCCUGACGCAGAUCGACGACAACGUGAUGAGGAAGUUCCAUGGCUAUAACUCCCUGAAGGAAUACUAUGAGGAGGAGAGCUGCAUGAGGUACCUGCACAGGAUUUAUGUGCCUCUCAUGCUGGUGAAUGCAGCUGAUGACCCAUUGGUGCAUGAAAGCCUUCUAACCAUUCCUAAAUCUCUUUCAGAGAAGCGAGAGAAUGUCUUGUUCGUGCUACCCCUGCACGGGGGACACUUGGGCUUCUUCGAGGGGUCCGUGCUGUUCCCCGAGCCCCUGACGUGGAUGGACAAGCUGGUGGUGGAGUACGCCGAUGCCAUAUGCCAGUGGGAACGGAACAAGUCCCAGUGCUCUGACACGGAGCAGGUGGAGGCCGAGCAGGAAUGAGGCCCCUGGACUCCGGCGCACUCCAGCCCUGCGGAAGCCGCGUUCUUCCCCACUGGCUCUGUGACCCGGAUGGGACUUCACAUCGUCAGCCAGCGGGGCCCACCCACCUGCAUAUCUGGGUCAAGUAGGCGGCUCUCCCUGGGGCUCCAGGUUAUUUUUGUGCUUAGUUACUGGUUUUCCCCAUUGAGUUGUUAGCCAUGGGGACAAGCCUCCUGUUGAAUCUCAGCGUCUGACUACUUGUUAGCCAGUCACAUCUAGUUUCCCUAUUAAAAAUGUGUCUGCCGUGCAGUUUUGCUUUGCCACUUGGAAGGCUUUUCCCUGACCAUGUGUCACCUUGUGAUCACUGUGCGUGCCCUGGCGUAGACCCAGAUAGAUGCCCACCAACCCAGGCCAGUGCCCAAGGCACAACUCAGCUUGGGAGUCCAAGGACCUGGGCCUCCAGGGCUCAGAGUUCAGUCUCUUACCUGGCAAAGGAAAGGGCUAGGGGUGGAGCUCAGGGGUGGGGCUUUGCCGAGCAGGCUCCCAGCUCUGCGUUCCAUCCCCAGCACCGCAAAUUAAAACAUUCCCAGUUGCUAGCCAAGUUUCUCCCUCACCUUCUUUAAGGUGGUUUCUCACUCCUUGCUGCCGCUGCAGAGGGUCGCAUGGGGCACUUUUUAAAAAUUCGGCCUCCCAGGCCCCUCCCCUCGGAGAGGCUGAUUGAAUGGGGGUGGGAGGAGUUUGGGGAUUUUAAUUUUUAACAAGUGCCCCAGGGGACUCUCAUCACCAGGCAGAGAUGGGGGACCAGGUUGUCCAGCACCUUCUCAAUCAGGAGCUUUUGGUGGCUCAUUUUGUUGAACCCAUAAUCAAGUGUCUUUUCCCCCAGGUCCCUAUAGCUGGCCUUGUGACAUUCUCCCAUAGCCCCGGGUGGAAGUGGGUAUGGGCUGAACCCUGGCUCCACUUCUCAGUGAGAAAACAGGGGGCUCUGCCGAGGUGACCACCAGUUUAGAGGUUCCGUGACAUCAGAGUGCUGAGGUUUGGGAGAGCACCCCUCCAGUCCAGCCCUGGGCUAGCUCCCAUCUAAGCAUGUAGGUGUCCUCAUCUAUCUUUCUCGCUCCUCCCCCAUUCCAUGUAAAGAGAUUUGGGAGGGCUUUAAAGCACUCAGUUGUCAUUUUAGGUUUUGAACCCAGGCCCCUCUACCUCUGGCUUUUUGAUACCAAACAAUUCAAAAGCCGGAUCUGAGUUUGAAGAAAGCUUAUAUCCAACCCACAAGGACAGGUGUUUAUCGCAAGCAGCUUUUUCAUUGACUAGCAGCUGUUUGCUGCCUGUGUUUGCUGUUUGUGACACCUUUGUCUUGUGAGGCAGACACAUCACUCUAGGAUUCAAGAACUCCUUGUCUGCAGUUCUGCAGUUCUUGAGAAUCUAAGAGCCCGGCGCUUGCUACCUGGAACUGGACAGAACUGUGAGGGAUGUCAACUGGACAUGUAAAAAUAUGUUUUCUCUGCUGCUUCUUCUUGGGCUCCAGGACACACUGGAAUAUAAUGAGUGGGUCUGUAUGUGGGUCUCAGCGAUGACUGGAGCCAUCAGAACGCCUGGUCUUGGCCACUGGCGGGUAGACUUUAGGCACUGGCUGUGAUUGUGACAGUGACUUCUGUAACCUGAGUCGUUUUCUGACAAUCAUCAGGUCACCCUAAGUAACACAAGACACAGCCAUUGGCUCAAAAGAAUCCGUUUCUGUGCUCUCAA